AUGGCGAAGGACAGCCACUCGGUGCUCAAGCAGAACGCUCUGCUCACACAGCUGUUGAAUCUCAGCCCUUCGCAAGCCUCGACGCCAACCCCGCUGGUCCACAUCUCAGACCAAGUGCCCGCUGGUCGAGGUCUGGUCUUCAUCUGCCCUGUCGAGGCGCAGCAGGUGCUGCUCACGCUUCCCGCCGACACACUUAUCAACGUCAAGAGCUUCAAGUCUUUCUUCCGCCCAGAGCUGCUUCCCCUGCAAGCAAGUGUGACACGCGGUGGCGAAGGUAGGAGUGACGAGGGUCGACUGUCUUCUGCGCUGCUCUUGACGCUGCUGCUUGCGCGGGCGCAUGUGGAGACGGAGUUGGGGCGGGGCAGGUCAAAGGCGACGACGAAGGACGACGUGUUGCGGCUGUUCGUCCAGACGCUGCCGGGUACUUUUGAUAGUGUGCCGCUGACCUGGUCGCUCGUCGCCAGUCGACUCAAGGAAGAACGAGAAGGGAAGACAUCGUGGAAAGGCGACUUCUUUGCGAGCCUCUUGCAAGCGCUACCACCGCAUAGCCGCAAUCUCCAACAGAAGGUACGACACCGAUUCGAGAGCGAUUGGUCCACCUUCCUCUCCCUUCGAGACUCGAAUUGCGACGUCCUCACCGAGCCCUCCUUGCUCACCUCCGACCCUGCUCUCGCGCGCGACAUCAUCCAUGCCAUCGAAAAGCCCCUCUUCCUCUGGGCGUGGCACUGCGUCAACUCGCGCUGCGUCUUUCUCCCGCUCGGCCUCGCCAGGCACGGCGACAACUUUACCCUUGCACCCAUGCUCGACAUGGCCAAUCACACCAGUGAUCCAGCGAGGGAAUGCAAAGUGGGCUAUCUGCCAGAUGGUGGUCUGCAGAUGUACGCCCCCGAUGUUCCGCAAGGAAGGUCACCUUCGGUGACUAAGGAAGGCGAUGAGUGUUUCAUCACCUACGGUGCGCAUUCGAACGAAUCAUUGCUAUCGGAGUACGGCUUCGUGCUCCCGCGCGAUCUCUCGCCGGAUCAACAAUGGCAAGGAAGCCGGUAUGUGGAUGUUCUGGUCGACCCAGAGGUGGAAGAUCUGCUGAACCGACAGGGUGAGGAGGGGGAGGAAAAGAUCGAGCUGCUUCAGAACCGAGGCUAUUGGGGAGAGUUCACGCUGCAUCCAUACCCAGAGCCGCAUCCGAGCCAUCGGUUGGUUCCUGCUUUGAGGCUGGCUGCGUUGAACCUGCGCGCGACACCGGCGGAGGGAAGCGCGCCCAAGGUGGCCAAGACGAAGGCGAAUGCGGGGGUCAAAGCCGGCAGGAAGGUGCACCCGGUCGAUGGUCGCGGUGGUGCAUCGGACCUGGACAAGUGGGAGGAGACGCUCACUGGCUACCGCGAUACUGUCUCGGAGGAGAAUGAGCGGAAGGCUCACGAGCUGCUGAUCCAGCUCUGCGAGUCGCGACGAAAGAAGAAUGGCGGAGCUCGACGGCAUCUGGCUGAAGCGCGAGUUACACUCGAAUCACAUACGGACGAGGCGGAUGCGGGAAUCAGGACGCGACUGGAACCAGACCUUGACGGAUGCAAGCUGAGCCUGGCGUUCGUGGAACAGCUCUUGGACGAGGAAGACGCGGUGCUCCGCCUUGUCGGCCAGAGUGCGCAGGACGGAGUCGAGUGGUGA